AUGUUUUCCACAGUUCAAGUACCAACAGAAAGUAUAGAAGAUAAGUACAGUGUGAUAUUGCCAACAUAUAAUGAGCGAGGAAAUUUACCAAUACUUAUUUGGUUGCUGGCAAGAACAUUUAAAGAACAUGAUUUAAAUUGGGAAGUUAUUAUAGUUGAUGAUGCUUCACCAGAUGGUACACAAGAGAUUGCAUUACAACUUGCAAAAGUUUAUGGACCGGAUCAAAUAAUUCUUAAGCCUAGAGCUGGUAAAUUAGGUUUAGGAACUGCAUAUGUUCAUGGAUUAAAAUUUGUAACUGGCAAUUUUGUCAUUAUUAUGGAUGCAGAUUUUUCACAUCAUGUCAAUGGUUACGAUAUUGUGACCGGCACAAGAUAUGCUAAUGGAGGUGGCGUUUAUGGAUGGGAUCUUAGACGAAAGAUAAUAAGUCGAGGUGCAAAUUAUCUUGCUUCUACAUUAUUGCGACCUGGUGUUUCAGAUCUUACAGGCAGCUUUAGGUUAUACAAAAAAGAAGUAUUGGAACAAAUAAUUUCUUCGGUUGUCUCGAAAGGUUACGUAUUCCAAAUGGAAAUGAUGGUAAGGGCUAGACAUUUGGGUUAUACAAUAGGAGAAAUUCCAAUUACGUUUGUUGAUAGAGUUUAUGGUGAAAGCAAAAUGGGCGCAAAUGAGAUUGUACAAUAUGCUAAAGGUGUUUGGCAAUUGGUAAGUAAUGAUGAUGAAAUUGGUGAUGUGAAAUUUAUUGUUAUUGAAUUUUAUAUUUUAGAAUAA